CUUCUCUCUGCUCUUGGAACUACGCUCUGCUGCUUCCCCGCCCAUCUGUGCUGUCAGCAGCUCCGGCAAAGUUGGUCUCCAACUUGAACGGAGCUGAAGACUCCAGCUUCCUGGAGCUCCACGGAGCAGCAGGCAGGCCCAGCCUCUGGACUCAGCUGGCCUGGAGAAGCCAACCCUGCCAGCCCCCAGCUGGUCCCUGCCCUCCUGGGUGACACGUCUGCCCCUGACCUAUAGGCCUCUAGGCUGGGCUGAGGAAUGGUGCACUGAGGUCCCUCUGGAGCCCCUCGUCCAGGUCUGGAGCUGGACCAGCCCAAGACCCAGGCCAACAUGGCCAACCCCGGGCAGACUCAGUUUGCCCCAGCGCAGGGGCCAGGCAUCGCCUCACCCCUGGACCUGCCGGAGAUGGAGAAGCUCCUCACCAAGGUCGGGGGCCAGGAUGACAAGCCCCUGAAGCUGUCCAAGUCCCUCUCGGGGGCUUUGGACCUGGAGCAGAAUGGCCAUGGCCUGCCGUUCAAGGUGGUACCCGAGGGGCACCGGGAGCCCUCACUCGCCCUGUCAUCCUCCCGGGCCAGCUCGAGGCGGCCGUCCUCCAUUGCCACCACCUCCUAUGCCCAGGAUAGAGAAGUUCCCAAAGAUUACCUCAUCCUUGCCAUCGUCUCCUGCUUCUGCCCUGUCUGGCCCCUCAACCUCAUCCCCCUCAUCUUUUCCAUCAUGUCUCGAAGUAGCGUGCAGCAGGGGGACCUGGACGGGGCCCGGAGGCUGGGCCGCCUGGCCCGGAUGCUCAGCAUCACCUUCAUCAUCAUGGGGAUCGUCAUCAUCAUCGUGGCCGUGACUGUCAACUUUGCAGUCCAGAAGAAAUAAAACUUGGGGGCUGUGCGAGCAGAGGCAGGCCCCGGCCCACGGGAGAGCUCCAACCCGCACGCCCCACGACCACGGAGGACAGGACAGUGACUGCCAAGGCCCCACCUGUCCCCCAGCUCCAAAAGCACAAACUUAGAGGGAAACCCUCAAGUCACCCUACUGUCAGUCCACAUCUAAUGGGAAAAACCAGAGCAAGAAAGGAAGGGAGGAAAUGAAACUGACUGUGAAACCAACAAAUAACGUGGUUUAGUCUCAGGACAUAUCCUGGCAGUUUAACCUCAGGGUUCUGGCUGGUUUCUCAUCCCCACAAUUUCCUGGGUUCUACCAAGCAGCAUAUACUGCCAGAGUGAGAAGAAACCAGCCCCACAAACAAGACUACGGUGGGGAGAGAGGUAGCACCGUCCCUGCAUGUCUAAUGAUCAGGAGCAAACACGUGGGACUUUACCUUUUGUAUUUUUCUUGAGGCGGGAUAAAAGACUGUGUGCAUGCCUUGUGCCCCAUGCCUGCUGCGAUCCCAGCCGGUGCUCAGAGCUCAGAGGCCAAGCUGCUGCUUCGCACAUGCCCUGGAACCCCUCGGACACACAGGAUGUGCAGCUGCCCUGGAAGAGGCCGCAGCCACACUUAAAUCCUCCAUCGCAGGGUGGAGGCACCGAGAGGAAUGCCGGUGAAGGCAGGAACAGGGACAGCACAACCCAUGGACCUCUUCCCAAGCUUUUCAGCCACAGGAGCAUCUCCCAGGAUGACCCAGUCUGCCUCUUGCUCCUACCUGGGCUGUAGCCUGGGGCACCAACCAAGAACUCCUGGGGCCUGACCCCACCUCCAGGUCAGCCAGUGAAGGGGAAUCCAUGCCUGAGCUCUCAUCCUGCCAUGGCCUCCUUGGAGGACUGGGAUACAGACCUGGGGAUACAAAUCCCAGUGGCCCACCUGGGGAAUAAACUCCAAUCUCAUGCCAAGGGGCUCAGGGCCCCCAUGCAGAGUGGCAGAGGGUCCUCAUGUAGAAUGGCUCAGGUAGGGCAUGGGCUCCCAGCCCAGCUGCAUCUGAUGCUCUGUGUCUCACCCUGUGCCCCUGGCCAUCCACAUACAGCAAAGGCUUCCCCUGGAGUCGGCUUUAGAACCACUGCUGGUGGGUUUUCCCAUGGGCUUUCAGGACAUUAGGGGUGUCUGUGCCUCCUGCAGGGGCAGGGGCUGAAGAGUUUUUAAUGAAGGUUUGUUGUUUAUUGGAUCUAGAGAUUCCAAGACAGAGGGAAGAGCUCAGCUGAAGGGUCCUGACUUCGGGGACCCCAGGUUUGGGAACACACUCACAUGUCCCAAAUCAGGGGCUGGGCACCAUGGCCUCUGUCUCAGGACCUAAUGGGACACCUGCAAGGAGUUAAGCAAAGCCACUCAGACUUCUCCCUGGUCCUUCUUCCUCCCACUGCCCCUGCUGGUGCAGCCCCCAAGUCCCCAGAGAGGGGUGCUCCAGGCUUUCCCACACUGGGAGAAUUCCAGCCAGGGUUGCAGGUGGUUGGGUGGGCAGGUUCUCACACUGGCCCCAAGUUGGCCAAGGAUGUUUCCUCUGCACUGUUCAGGACCCUCAGGCCUCCUUUCAGGGCCCCUGUCUCCUCCACACUCCUCAGAGACUCCUAGGAGCCUGUUAGCACAGCUGGGAGGGGCAGUGGGUUCUGGGUGCAGCUCUGAGCCUUCUCAAAGGGCCUGUGUGACUGAGGGGAGGGUUCAGGGCCCAGGGACACCGGGCAGAUCCCUCUGGGGCUGGUGUUCCUGCAUCAGUGGCCCACCUGGGGAAUAAACUCCAAUCUCUCCCUACCCUAAAGCAAAGGCCAGCUGGAUUUGCUUUAUGGGAAAUUUGAGGCCAAAAUAAAGAUGCAUCUGUUUGUUGGGGGAGGGAGGGGAUGAGCCCAGAGUCUUUGUGUCACUUUCAAAGUUGAGCCAGGCCAGGGGAGUCGUGAGGUCUAUGAAUCUGACAUUCACAGGCCCCAGCUCUGGUUAUGAGUCAGCUGUCCCCUGGCAGGCUCCAGGGGUCCCUGGCUUCAGCCCCCCAGGGAGGAAAGAGCAGUGAAGCAGACUGUCUAGGCCUGGUCUCACGGGGAAAUGAUGGCAGAGGUGGUACUGCGGCCUCUGUGUGCGCUGGGACCAUCUCACACACCCAGACCUGCCCCACCCUUGGUAGUCACACCCACACCAUAAGCCCCAUGCCCACGCGCGUGCGCACGUACACACUCGUUCAUACUCCAAACCCAGAAGAGUGGAGACAGAGAGAAGCCACAGCAGACAGUGGCAGGAGCAGGCACAGCCGGAACACCCUUUCAAUCAGGCAAGAAAAACUUGAGAAUUUUCUAGUUGUACCAGGGACGGAGCUCAGAGGCCUCCCAGGUGUGUGGAAGGAGCAGAGGCCGCAAGGGACCGGCCCUUCAGGCAGAGAGGAGCCCAGGGCUGGAGGACGGGAGACCCUUUAGAAAUAAGACUGGGAGGGAGGGUCCCUGCUGCCCCCCCACCCCACAGGCAGCCUGACACCCCAGACCUCGCUGAAGACGAAGGAACGGCAGCCCCGCUGUCCCAGCUCUGCUGGCUGCAUGAACACGGCGGGCCCCUGGCUCGGGGUCUCCCCGCAUCCCAUAGGGAACAGCAAGCACUACCACCCCCCCAGCUGCCGGCCCCAACUCACCAGUCCUCUCCUCUGUAUUUCUCAGCAUGGAAAGAAAUAAAGCUGACGGUCCGCGCUCACUUA